AAAUUCCCGAGGGAUAUCCUCCGCCGUACCUUUCCACCGGCGCUCUCGGAGAGAAAUAAAAGGCGAUCGAUGAGCCGGACGCGGAGGCGGCCGAGCGCGGCCGAAGAGAGCCGAAGCGAGGCGCCGCCCGCCACGCCGCGCCCAACCAGUCGCGCAGCGCAGUCCAGGCCGUCUGGAACUGUGCUCCUCCGCCGGCGGGCAGGCGUGUGCAGGAGGCCGUGUGCGAUCCGAUUGCAUGUGAAGUCUGUUCCUCGCGGGCCGGGCCGGGCCGGGGCUGCUGAGCGGCGGUGCGCGGGCGGGCGCGGGCUGGCAUCCGACGAGUCGGCCAGCUGUCCGUCGCUCGCCGCCCUCUGGCGCCGUGCGGACGAGGACGGCAGCGGGGGCGGGGCGGGCGCGGCGGGCGGCUGGCUGGAGGCCGUCGAGAAGGUGCUGCUCUGCCUGUACGUGUGCGCCUACAUGCUCGGGGUAAAUGGUGAACUGCUGUGGAAAACCAGCGUCUUAAUAACUUCUGAUUGUUGCUUGAGUGCUGUGGCCCCGCAGCCGCCAGCAGCCGCCGGCGCCAGCGCCACUGAUGGCUGUGGAGGCGCUGCAAACGCAACAGAAAUGCUCUCGGAGCGUCGUCUCUCCAGAAGAUGCCAGACACGUGUCAAGAAGAUGUGAUUCUGCGAUGGAAAUGACUGAAAUAAGGGUUCGUUUGAGUGUAAUAACCCGAGAGUGGGUUGGAGAACAGAGAAAAUGAGAGUUUUAUUAAUGUGUUGGUUCAACGUAUGAAUAAAAAGAAAUGUGCAGUAGUGAGGAUCUAAACUGAUGUGUGUCCAAUUCUCCAUUUUACUCGUUCGUUGCGAGUUGCCAAGUGAAAGUCAUUCAGGUGUGAAGCGUACGCGAAAUUCACUCAGGUGUGAAGUGAAGUAAGUGAUUGUAAAAAUUCGCGAGUGUAAUUUCUAACUUUAAAAGCAUCAACAAAACUGUCAGUGCGCCUGCAGAAUCUUGUAUGUUCGCAU